AGUUGUUUGCCUGCGGUAGCUGGUGAGUCUCCGAGUCUAACCGAGGGGUAAGAACUAAGAAGUGAGAAAUGGUGGAGUUCGAAUUGCAUUAGCAAAGCAAAAAUUCUUCAAUCAACAACGUUGGAGAACCUGAAACACGUUAAGCUAAAGCAGGUGAAGAAGCGGAGGAGAAUGUCGUUGACGGGUUCGUUCCGCCAUUCUCUUUUCAAGUUGAAAUACCUCGCUUCUCCCUUCUACUCCCUCUACGUGUCAGCUCUGCCACUCCCUCGCUCUUCUCUUCAUCCUCUUUUUUCGUUCCAUCACUUCUCCUCAACUCUGCCCUUGGGCGGCAAAGUGGGAGAGCCUCGUGUCCUCGAUCGAAUGCUCGCCAGCAUUUCAACCUCUUCGGAUUCUUUGACUUAUGACUCCUCGCCCUCUCCUUACUUGUCUGUUCGCAUUCGCUGCCCGAAAGAUUUCGCUGAUAUGCUUUCCGAAGCUCUUCUAUGCUUUGGUGCAAGUUCUACCAGCAUUGAUGAACCAAACAGUUGUGAGAGUAUUGACGAGACCUGCAUCAGUUCCAUAUUUAUAGAAUGCGAAGAUGUGAAUUCAUGUAUUUCAAGUGCUGCUGAUUCUAUUGGGUUGAAGGGGAUGCUUAAUUAUGAAGUCAUAAUGGGUGAGCAAUGCGACUGGAUAAAGAAAUCACAGGAAUCAUUUCAUCCUGUGAAAGUAACGGAGGGUCUUUGGAUUGUUCCAGAGUGGAGAACUCCCCCUGAUGUUCAAGCAACCAAUAUUAUUCUUAAUCCAGGAUUGGCAUUUGGAACAGGGGACCACCCGACAACUAAGUUGUGUUUGUUGUUAUUGCAUAGCUUGAUAAAAGGAGGAGAAGUUUUCUUGGACUAUGGCACAGGUUCUGGAAUUCUUGGUAUUGCAGCACUGAAGCUAGGAGCAGCUUUAUCAGUUGGAUUUGAUAUAGAUCCCCAGGCAAUAGCAUCUGCACGCCAGAAUGCAGCUUUGAACCACAUAGAACCUGAGAGAAUGCAAUUAUGUCUGGUUCCCAGUGAGACCACCUUUCAUUCCUCAAAAUUUGGAGAGGUGUCUCAUGGAAAAGGAGUUAUUGCUGAAACAGAGAAAUAUGACAUUGUCAUAGCAAAUAUUCUUUUAAAUCCUCUGCUGGAGUUGGCAGAUCAUAUUGCUAGUUUUACCAAGCCCGGAGCUGUUGUUGGCAUAUCUGGUAUCAUCUCUGAGCAGCUUCCACAGAUUGAAUUACGUUAUUCCCAGUUCCUGGAAAGCAUAUCAGUGACAGAGAUGGAUGGUUGGGUAUGCCUUAGUGGCAAAAAGAAAUUGAGUAUAGGUGCAACUGACGGUGUUAUUUAGGCCUGGUUCAGUGGACAAGUAUAGAAGACCUUGUGACAUGAGAUUGCUCAUUGAAGAACUUAUCAACAAUCGCUGAUUGUGAUGUUUGGUAUGCAUCUUAUUCCCUUCCAUGAAUACUGAAGCCCUGUGAGUUGCUGUAGUAGCUUUGUAGGCCUGGUUACAUCACAUAAUGCCACUUAUCUAACAUGAGUGGAGCUCAAGUUUUAACUAUACAGGAAACUCGUUACUGGUGUGCUGGGCAUUUCGUUCAAGCAGGACCAAUGUAUCCAACCGAAAGAAUUGUUGGGUUGUAUUAGAAAUGUAUUCCUACAUCCAAACAUACCUGUGAUUCUCAGUGCACAGCUUAGGCCGAAGCUGUCAUGAACCAGAAGGGCUGCAAUGGUAUUUAUAUCUCAUAGUGGAACAUUAACCUC